AUGUUAAAGGCCGCUGACCAAACCACCCUCGAAAACAUUGCUAAAAAACUGGAACUCCGCCAACCCAACAAAGAAGCAGUUCAAACAUUUUUAGAGCAUUAUUACAAGUCUGAAAAAUUAUCUGAAUAUAUUCUCUCAGUUGCCACCGGAGUAGGAAAAACAUACAUAAUUGCGGCUAUUUUAAACUAUUUAGUUGAAGCCGAAAAGAUGACUAAUUUUCUAAUUGUGGCUCCGGGAAAAAUAAUCCGAGAAAAGACCAUUAACAAUUUUUCUCUCAACAAACCUAAUUCUUUGGCGGAUAAAUUAACCAUUAAACCACCCCGCAUUAUUGAUAUCAAAAAUUUUCACACGGCCAAAACUACUGAUAAAAAUUCUGUCAAAUUAUUUAUUUUCACAGUUCAAUCUUUAACCCAAGCCAAAGGCAAAACGGCUCGCAAAACUAGUAAUUAUGAUGAAAUAUUAGGCCAAUCUUUACGGGAACAUUUAAGUAAAUUAGAUGAUUUGGUUAUUUUUGCUGACGAACAUCAUUUAUACUAUGGAGAAAAGUUUUCCGAAGCCAUUAGAGAAUUAAAACCAAAAAAUUUAAUUGGAUUAACUGGCACGCCAGACAAAAAAACGCCACCCAAGGAAAUUAUUUUUGAAUAUCCUUUAUGA